AUAAACUUCUGUCAAUUGUGUCAAUUCCGCCAUCUUUUUUAUUGAAUUUUUGAGAAAGAUUCAAAAAUGUCUUCACAUCUAGUUUGGAGUAUUAUUCGCAAUAAUAAUGCCUUCCUGCUUAAGAAGCGCAAUAUUUCCAAACCGUUCAGCACUGAAUCCAACAACUUAACCAAUCUUAGCUCGUACAGAUAUAAUGGACUUGUCCAUAAGAAGUCUCUUUCUAUCGUGGACGCUCCAGACAAGAAGGGCUUUACUGUUGUUUACAAGAAAUCCAAGAAACAACGUAAACCAAGACAAAACUUGGUAAAGAGGACCUUCAAAUCAGGACCAAGAAGAUCCUUGUUCAAACUGAAGACUUUGUUAGAAGGUAACAAAUACCGUACAGACUUAACAAAGGCUGCCCUAAGAAGAGCCAGUGCAGUUUUACGCUCACAAAGACCCCAACCAGCUAAAAAGCAAAAGGUCAAAAAAACUGAAUAAUUUUAUUAUGAUUAAGAAAUAAAAAACGUUAAAACUUC